AUGGGUGAACUUACAACCGGUACCGGCUUGCAUCAAGAACUUGGUCUUAUAAGAGCCGGUGAUACUCGUUGGGGAUCUCACUACAAAUCUUUUAGCAAUUUUAUUCUUAUGUUUGGAUCUAUUGUUGAUGUUCUUGAUGCACUUGUUGUUGAUGCAUAUUCUACCGAUGAAAAAGCUAAGGCAACAGGAUAUCUCGAAGCUUGUCAAACAUUUAAGAUUGCUUUUAUGUUGCAUUUGAUGAGAGAUAUCUUAGGAAUCACAGAUGAGCUCAAUAAAUCCUUGCAAAAUAAAGAACAAGAUAUUGCAAAUGUUAUGUUACUGGUUGAAGUAGUAAAGAGAAGGUUGCAAAUGCUAAGAGAUGAUGGAUGGGAUGCACUUAUUAAUAAGGUAUCCACAUUUUGUAUCAAGUAUAACAUUUUGUUACCUAAUUUUGAUGAGCCAUAUGUUAAUUCUGGAAGAUCAAGGCGUAAACCUUCCGAUUAUACGGUCUUACAUCAUUAUCGUGUUGAAGUAUUUUGUAAGAUUAUUGAUUGGCAGCUUCAAGAACUCAAUGAUCGUUUCAAUGAGGUGACUACUGAUUUGCUUCAUGGAGUUGCUUGUUUGAAUCCCAUUGACUCAUUUUUUAGUUUUAACAUAAGAAAAAUAAUGAGAAUGGCUAAGUUAUAUCCUGAUGACUUUGAUGAGUUUAGUAUGAAUGCUCUUGAGAAUCAACUUGCCACUUACAUUAUUGAUGUUCGUGAUAUGGAUGAAAGGUUCUCCAAUCUUAAUGGACUUUGUGAUCUCUCAAGAAAAUUAGUUGAGACAAAGAAGAACCUAAACUUUCCUCUUGUAUUCUGCUUAGUGAAAUUUGCUUUGCUUUUACCAGUUGCCACUGCAUCCGUUGAAAGAGCUUUUUCGACAAUGAAGUUUAUUAAAAUUGCCUUGCGGAAUCGGAUGAAUGAUGAGCUUUUGAGCGAUCGCUUCAACGAUCUGCAAUCUGAAAACACUACAAGUGCUAGAUUUGGGCAGCAACAAUUUGGAGUGAGCUUUUUCGAGAAUUUUGAAGCUAUGAAAAUAAAAUGUGAGAAUAGUGGAACCCGAGAGUAUGUAGCUGAUAUAGGUUCUCAUUAUUACAUAAAUUCCUUGAUAGUGACAACAAAGGGGCUGGAUGUUGAACUUCCUCGAGGUCACACACCAGCAUUACUACACCAAUUAUCUGCACUUGAAUCAUUGGAUCUCUCAUCCAACAAAAUCAGCGGAGAAAUUCCACAACAACUUGCAUCCCUCACAUCACUUGAAGUCUUAAAUCUCUCUCACAAUCAUCUUGUUGGAUGUAUCCCCAAAGGAAAACAAUUUGAUACGUUUGAGAACAGUUCAUACCAAGGGAAUGAUGGGUUACAUGGAUUUCCACUCUCAAAGGAUUGUGGUGGUGGUGAUGGGGUAGCACAAACGACGACUCUAGUUGAGCUAGAUCAAGAAGAAGGAGGAGAUUCAUCAAUGAUCAGUUGGCAGGCUGUUCUCACGGGUUACAGUUGUGGACUGUUUAUUGGACUGUCCAUAAUAUACAUAGUGUUGUCAACUCAAUAUCCAACAUGGUUUUCAAGGAUGGAUAUUCUGUUCAUUAAUACUUUGGUUACUUCGUAUUUCUGUAAAGUUUAUUGGAAUCAGUAA